GCACUUGCGCGUGGUUGUCAUCUUAUACAAAUAUUUCUGUCAUAGCGCGAUAGUAGUAGCACACUUUUCGUUGCCUUUGAGUGUUGUAUGUAUACUCGUCCCGCUACUCCACUGUUGACCUUACAUUCUAAAGUCCCUCCCUUUUUUCUUGUGUUGAACAGUGUAAUAAUAAUAAUUAAAAAUUAAAUUUAACUAAAAAAAAAAAAUAACUUUGUCGUACUUUGUCUAUUCUAUUCAUUGACCGUGAUCCGUGACCUCUUAGAGGUCGUUCUGUAGGUACUAUCUUCAGACUCGCGGUUUUAAAAUAGAGCAAAACAUCGGAUGCUCUUGCAGUACUCAAUUGAUAGCGGAACCGAUUACUGACAAUACGUUACUGUUCGUCGCCAAUCAGCUCUAUGGCCCUACUGAACAUGAUUAAAUAGUCGCUCGUUAACAUUAAAUACAUUUAUAUUAUUUUUAAAUUAUCUUCCUCUUCCCGUGCGUAAAAGUCCAAAUUGUUAUCAGUUUCAGUUCGUUUGUACACAAAACAUUAUGGAGGAAGAUCAAAAGAGAUUCAUUGAACGGGGUUCUCACAAAGGAAAAGGUCUUGCUGUUUUCACUAGUGGCGGUGAUUCACAAGGUAUGAAUGCUGCUGUUCGUGCAGUUGUUCGUAUGGCUAUAUACCUUGGCUGCAAGGUGUUUUUCAUUAAAGAGGGUUACCAAGGUAUGGUGGAUGGUGGGGAGAAUAUAGAAGAAGCUAAUUGGUCUUCAGUGUCAUCUAUUAUACAUAAGGGUGGUACUGUAAUUGGUUCAGCUCGAUGUAUGGAUUUCAAAGAACGUGCAGGACGAGUAAAGGCUGCUUGUAACCUAGUUAAACGAGGAAUUACAAAUUUGGUAGUAAUUGGAGGUGAUGGUUCUCUAACAGGAGCUAACCUAUUUAGACAAGAAUGGUCUAGUCUUCUAGAUGAACUAUUGCAGACUUCACAGAUUAAUAAAGUUGAACGUGAAAAAUAUGCACAUUUAAAUAUUGUUGGAAUGGUUGGUUCUAUUGACAAUGAUUUUUGUGGUACUGACAUGACAAUUGGUACGGAUUCUGCAUUACAUCGCAUCAUGGACGCAAUUGAUGCUAUUGUAUCAACAGCCUAUUCACAUCAAAGAACAUUUAUUAUGGAAGUAAUGGGACGUCAUUGCGGGUACCUUGCACUUGUCACAGCCCUCACUAGUGAAGCUGACUACGUGUUUAUACCAGAGAUGCCACCACCACGUGAUUGGCCGACCAAACUUUGCACCAAAUUAGAGCAGGAACGGACGGCGGGACAGCGUUUGAACAUCAUCAUCGUGUCUGAAGGCGCUAUUGACCGUGACGGGCAACCGAUCACUGCCGAGAUGGUGAAACAAGUAGUAGUCGACAACUUGAAACAGGACACGCGAAUCACGGUCUUGGGUCAUGUCCAGAGAGGAGGCGCCCCAUCAGCUUUCGAUAGAGUUUUGGGGUGCAGAAUGGGAGCCGAAGCCGUUAUGGCCUUAAUGGAAGCUACACCAGAAACAGAGGCUUGCGUUGUGUCGUUGGAUGGCAACCAGGCGGUCCGUUUGCCACUGAUGGAAUGCGUUGAAAAGACCAAAGCCGUUGCCAAAGCGAUGGCGGACAAAGAAUGGGAAUUAGCCGUGCAACUCAGAGGAAGGAGUUUUGCAAGAAAUUUAGAAACAUACAAAAUGUUAACACGAUUGAAGCCUCCACGUUCAGCAUUUGAUGAAUUGGGACGUGGAUUGAGUCUAAAUCGACAAGACACACUGUGGGGUCAGGAAGGUUAUACUCUUGCUGUAAUGCAUAUUGGAGCUCCUGCUUGUGGUAUGAAUUCUGCUGUACGUUCGUUUGUUCGGAAUUGUAUCUACAGAGGCGACACUGUUUAUGGUAUUCAUGAUGGUGUAGAAGGUUUAGUUGCAGGAAAUAUUCAAGUAAUGCAGUGGGCCGAUGUUACUGGCUGGGUUGGACAAGGUGGUGCUAUGUUGGGUACUAAGCGUACUCUUCCUGAAAAAAGAAUGCCAGAAAUUGCUGCUAGGCUCAAAGAGUUUAACAUCCAAGCACUUUUGAUAAUUGGUGGCUUCGAGGCUUAUCAAGCUGGAAUUCAAUUAGUUCAGAACCGUAAAAAUUUCCCAGAAUUCUGCAUACCAAUGGUUAUAAUACCAUCAACUAUUAGUAACAAUGUGCCUGGUACAGAAUUUUCAUUAGGUUGUGAUACUGCUCUAAAUGAAAUCACUGAGAUUUGUGAUAGAAUUAGACAGUCUGCUCAAGGUACUAAGCGACGUGUAUUUGUUAUUGAAACUAUGGGAGGUUACUGUGGAUAUUUAGCUACUGUUGCUGGUUUAGCUGGUGGUGCUGAUGCAGCUUAUAUAUAUGAAGAAAAGUUUACCAUAAAAGAUUUGCAAAACGAUGUAUAUCAUAUGGCUUCAAAGAUGGCAGAAGGUGUUCAACGUGGUUUGAUAUUAAGGAACGAAAAAUGUAGUGAAAAUUACAACACUGACUUUAUAUUUAGACUUUACACUGAAGAAGGAAAAGGAUUAUUCAGUACUCGUAUGAAUGUUUUAGGUCAUAUGCAACAAGGUGGUUCACCUACUCCGUUUGAUCGUAACAUGGGUACGAAGCAAGCAGCAAAAUGUGUGGAGUGGUUAGUAGAAAAAUUGAGAGAAUCUACUAGACCAGAUGGAACAAUUUAUACAGAUAAUCCUGAUACAGCAGCAAUGAUGGGUGUAAUAAGACGGCAGUAUCGUUUCACACCUUUAACUGAUUUAUUGCCUCUCACCAACUUUGAGCAGCGUAUAGCUAAGACUCAGUGGUGGUUGAAAUUGAGACCACUCUUACGUAUACUCGCUAAACACGAUAGUGCAUAUGAAGAGGAAGGUAUGUACAUAACAGUUGAAGAAGGACUUGAAGCAGAUACAUUGUUGGUUUAA